GAUAUAAAUCGGUUUGACAACCUUGUUGAAUUUAUUAUUAUUUUUUUUUUACAAACCUUGUUAGAAGUUGUAACGUAGUAAGUCCGAAAUAGGAAUAGAGAACUCGGCUCUUGUUUUGGAGAGUUACUAUUCGUCGCCCUAAAUUUUUAAAUUUUGUCGCCCUAAACCAUACAAAUUUACAAAACAACCCUUCAUUUAAUUGUAUGGUUCAACCACCUAGAAUUAAUGCCCCAACCAACUAACCCAACCCAUUUAACUCUUUCUUCCAACAAAAAACAGAAAUAUCAAACCAAAAAUUAACUCCAAACCACACAACACAAAAUCCAACUACAAUCUUCUACAUUGAUAAAUUUUCGCCUGAUUCCGGCGAGUUUGUCGGAGGUAGAGAAGUAGUCGGUCAUAGCAUGCAGGGACUCGGACUAAAGGUAAGAUUCUGUUUGCAAUUUUUUUUUUCUUCUGGAAAACAAGUCGAGCAUGUUGAAAAUCGGCCUCGACCGGUGGUCAAGCAUGUUGAAACCCUGCAUCAGCCAUGGAACGGACGUGUUGUCCACCUGCCCGUUCCAUCCUCCAGGAAUGCUCGCAACAUGCUCGUCCUCUUGUCUAGGCAUGUUUUCAACAUGCUCGACCCACGGUUCUUUCUUGUUUUUAACAUGCCCGUCACUCGGUCGGGUCUAGUUUUGAACAUGCUCGAGUUAAUUUUGUGAUGUCAUGGACCUUUUUUAAUGAAAAUUCACAUAAAUUAUAAUAUUAUGUUCAUUAAGUUUCGUUGUUAAUUGUGUUUAUUAGGAAGGAGGAUAAAAAUCUUGUGCCACCAUCAUUUACUAACAAGGAAACUAUUAUGGAUGAUUCGGUAAGUAGUUAUUUUUUAUAAUUUAAUUAUCGUAACAUAAUUGUUGCACAACUAAAUGUUUUUACCUUGUAUUUCUUGUAGGGUGGAUCCGGAGUUAAUGAGGGUGACAAUGUUGAUUGCACAUCAUUGUUUCCAAGUGAUGUUUAUGAUACCCAUGAUCAAGCUUGUAAAGCGGCAAAGGAGAUUGCCAUGAGUAAUAGCCUUUCCUUGAUAGUGGCAUCAGUCAAGAGAAACGUUGGAGAAGACAAUCCGCGGAUCUAUAUGGAUUGCAACCAUGGUAGUAGGAGCAACUCAUAUACGUCUGAUCCCGCAAAGACAACACGGAGCAAAUCUACACAGGCAAGUUAGGUUGUCGUUUCCGAGUGGUGGUGCAAUCCGUAAAAAUAGAUGGCAAGUGUAAGUGGAGAAUUCAUGGGAUUAAGUCGAGGGGAUUUCACAGUCACAGAUUGGAGGUUUACUCUGAGGGAAGCAGGCAAAAGAAUGCUCUUUCGCAGGUGGAAAAAAUGAAUAUUAAGGAGUUGGAGGCAACACAUACUCAGGCGAAAGAUAUCAGAAGUUUGCUCAAUAUGAAGUACGAUGCUCAUCACAACAUGACUCAGAUUUAUAAUGAGACAGCAAAAAUUAGGCGUGAGAGAUUGGGUGGGUUGAAACCUAUGCGGUGGACAUUGAUAGAAGCUCAACGUCUUGGCUACUUUAUUGAGUGUGAAUUUGAUGAUCAACGUCGUGUUACUAGACUCUUCCUAUGCCAUCCUGAGUCGAUUCGGAUGUUGUUGGCAUGGUAUUUUGUUGUUUUGAUAGUCUCGACGUACAAGACUAACAAGUAUAAGCAGCCACUGGUUCAGUUGAUUGGUGUUAGUCCGGUGAAGAAGAACUUCAACAUUGGGUUCGCAUUGAUUUCAGAUGAGACGAAGGAGACAUAUGCUUGGGUUUUGAUGCAAUUGAAGAUUGUGCUUGGUGAUCGAACCCCGGUUGCGUUCGUCACAGACAAGGCGGGAGGAUUGGGUGUCUCUUUGCAACAAAUCUUUCCAUCUUCAGCUCAUUUACUAUGUGUGUGGCACAUGAAAAAGAACAUUGAAGCCAAAAUGAUGCAGUUGGGGAUUGGUCGUGAUUCUGCUGAGUUAUUUGUAGGAAGUCUAUGGGAGAGAGUCUUGCGAGCUAAUACUGAGGCAGGGUUCCAACGUCGUUGGCUAGAGUUGCAAAAUAGUCAAAGUUGUGUGGAUUUAAGUGCAAUUAUCAAGGAUUGACAUUUUUGUGUUAAAAUGUAUGUGGUUUUAGGUGGAAUUAAUCAAUGAUUUUGUGUUCAAAUUUAUGUGGAUUUAGUUGAAAUUAACCAAUUGUGUUCACAAUUAUUGUUGCUGAAAAAAUAGACUAGGCGGGUUGAAAACCCGCCUGCACCACGGACCAAACAUUUCACCUACCCAUCUUCACCGUGGGUUGAGCAUGUUGCACACCCAGCUGAUGGAUGGUGCAGGAAUAUACCCUUCCAGCACAAGCCGUGGACAAAGCAUGUUGUGAACCCGCCCUCCCGGAGGUCGAGCCAUAUUUUCUACCCUUCUGACCGCUGGUUGAGCCAUAUUCCCUACCCGCCCGAUGGUGCAAGUAAUUUUGUGUGAUCAUUAAAAAUUGUUGUUUGUU